UCGGGACGCAGCCCAGACUCUAGGGCAACAGUUCGCCACGCUGUCCCUGGUCAUCGCCAGAGCCAUGAAGAUGCAUUUCUGCAUCCCGGUGUCCCAGCAGCGGCCAGACUCGCUGGGGGGCCGCUACGUGCUGUACUCCGUGUACCUGGACGGGUUCCUCUUCUGCAAGGUACGCUACAGCCAGCUGCACCGCUGGAACGACCAGCUGAGACGAGUGUUCGGAAACUGCCUGCCCCCUUUCCCACCAAAGCACUAUCUGGCAAUGACCGCCACCAUGGCUGAAGAGAGGAGGGACCAGCUGGAGCGAUACCUGCAGAACGUAACUGCGGACCCUCGUGUGGCGAGAAGCGAUGUCUUCACCCAGUUCUUAACACUGGUGCAGAUGCACACAUUGAACAUCACCACCCAGAAAACUGCUCUGGCUGUAUUUCUGCCCAAUGGAAGGAGCGUUAACGUGGAGGUUCUAACGUCGGAUACAGCUGAAAAGGUUCUCGAGGUGGUGGCGCACAAACUUGGACUGUAUCCAGAACUCUUGGGCUACUUCGGCCUUUUUCUCAUCCGGUGUUUCCCGGAGGGCAAGAUCUCUGUUGUGAAGAAGCUGGCUGACUUUGAGCUGCCAUCCACCAGUCUUCAGAGUUCGGAGCUGGAAGACUGUAAGAUAGGACUCAGAAAGUGGUACCUGGACCCGGCCCUGGACUCUCUUCUGAUGGACUGCAGAGCAGCUGGAGACCUGCUGUACAUGCAGGCAGUACAAGACAUUGAAAUAGAAUGGGUGAAACCCACACAGGCUCAGAGGGAGGAACUAAAGGCACUCCAGGAGAAGGAGAAUCAAACAAAGUUUCUGGAGCUGUCCCAGGAGGUCCGGCACUAUGGGUACAUUCAGCUGGAUCCCUGCACCUGCAACCACCCGGAACCUGGCUGUGGGGCUGUCCUUUCCAUCGGCAACAAUGAGAUCAGCUGCUGUGUGACCCUGCCCGACGGCCAGACCCGGGACAUUGCUUUCCAGAUGAGCGGAGUGAAGUGCUGGCAGGUCACCUUCCUCGGAACUCUGCUGGAUACAGAUGGGCCCCAGCGAACUCUCAACCAGAACUUAGAGCUGAGAUUUCAGUACAGUGAAGAUAGUCGCCAGCCAUGGUUUGUUGUUUACAGCAAACAGGCUUUUUUCCUGAGUAGCUGCCUGAAGAAGAUGAUCUCAGAGAAGAUGGCGAAGCUCUCUGAGGAGAAUCCAGAAAUGCAGAUCGAGGUUCCGGAACAAGAUAGAAGUAAGAAGCAGCUGAGUCAGCACAAGGACUAUUUUAAUUUUCUGAGAAAAAGCAAGAUGAAGAAAGAUGAAGAUGAACGUGUUUGGGGGACCCUCGCGGAAGGAGGGCUCUGAAGAAGCCUCAUCGUUUAAACUGUCCUUAGGGCUGUCUCACUCUCUUUGGCACUGAGGGGCCCUGUGUUCAUCAGUCUAACUGUAGCACUCUGUGACUCUCAGGAUUCAAAUGGUGUAGGAACCAAAGCCAUAGAUAGCGUUGGCUUAUGUGGCACGUUCAAAUCCACCAACGGGAGGUUUAUUCUGUGUUCCCUCUAAGGUAGAUGUGUAUUUGGCUCCAUGAAGGCUUUUGUUUGUUCUGAUAUUGCAGGAAUAAAAAGCUUGUUCUAAACCAUAAGAAUGCAUUUGGUUCCAAGGUAGAUUCGCCAGUGUAGUCGAAAGUUUUCUCUAAUCCUGCCCGGCCCCUCGGUCCCACAACCAUUUAUAAAAUAAUCACUCAAAGGCUUAAUAUUAUUUACAAACUGCAUGGCCUAUGGCAGGCCUCUUGCUAGCUAGCUCUUAUAUCUUAAAUUAACCCAUUUCUAUUCAUCUAUGUUUUGCCACAUGUUCCAUGGUCUGCUGGCAUGUUGUUCCUUGGGCAGCAGGCUGGCUUCUCUCCAGACUCUGCCUUCCUCUUUCCUGUCUCUCUCCUUGGAUUUCCCGCCUGCCUCUAAGCUGCCUUGUCAAAGGCCAAAGCAGCUUAUUUAUUAACCAAUGGGAACAACAUACAUUUACAGCGUACAGAAAGACAUCCCCCAGCACACCAGUCCAGGAAAACAUGGCUUCUCUGACCUAUCCAGAGAGCAAGAAGAGGUGGUAAAAUUCUGAUCCACUUCUUCGCCUACUCCUGAGUCUAACACAGAUGACCCCAAAGUAAUAGCUGCCCUGGCCUGAGUCCUUUCACUGCAUGAUUGUUCCCACUCUUUUUUGUUUGUUUUUGUUUUUGUUUUGUUGUUUGUUUGUCUGUUUUUCCCAGACAAGAUUUCUCUUUGUAGCCCUAGCUAGCUAUCCUGGAACUCGUUCUGUAGAACAGGCUGGCUUUGAACUCACAGAGAUUGUAUUCCACUCAGAUUGGAUCCUGGGCCUGGAGAAAUGGCUCAAUAGUUAAGAACACUUGCUGCUUUUGUAGAGGACCUGGGUUCAAUUCCCAUAACGCACAUGGUAGCUUACAACCACCUGCAACUCCAGCUUCAGAGGAUCCAACAUCUACUGGCCUCCCCUGGCACCCAUAC